AUGAAACAGAAGAAAGAUGAAGACGAAGAUACUUCAAAUGAUAGUUCUAGUGUCAAAGAUUUUGUGAAAGUUGAAAAUCUAAUAGUUCAUACUAGAAAAGAAAUUCAGAAGACUAGAAAGCCAAUUCAGUAUCAACAAUGUCAAAACACUAAUCACAACAAGGCUGGUUGUGAAGCAUGGCAAAAUGACAAG